AUGGAAGAGUACGCGGAGGAGCUGCGGACUCCACCUGUGGCGUUGGUGUCCCUGGUAGGGAUGCCUGAGCUGCACCAGACAAUCUCCGCGUCCCUUCACUCAGAGCAGCCACCCAUCAACACCCUCGCGCUGCCGGAUUUCGGCAAGAUUUCAAUUAUCGCCCCGAAAGUUAAAGAAGCCGUUGAUUCUGGGCAGUCGGCGGCCGGGAUACUGAAGAGGGAAUGGCUGGCGAAGCACCGGACGAGGGUGCCCGCAGUUGUCGCCGCCCUCUUCAGCUCCGACGGCGUAACCGGUGACCCUGCACAAUGGCUUCAGGUCUGCACCGAUCUUGAAAACGUGAAGUAUGGAUUCUUUCCUCUUCGAAUUCUUCAUAUUUUACUGCUUCCAUCACGUAUGAUUUGCGAGGUUCGUUUCAACUCGCUCUGAAUUUUGUACUUCACAUUUCUUGCAAGUUCGCGUUUGGGUUCGACCAGUUUCGGUUGUUGCCUCUCCAUGUCUUCCUCCCUACCCGGCGGAAUGUGCUAACUAAUGCUUCUCAUAUUGAAAAUUCUUUGUCAGCCGGAUCUUUUAUAAGGAGAACUGUAGGAACAAGCGACACAUCCCCAUCACCGUAUAAUUUUCGUGUUUAUGACGUUGAAAUGACGAAUACUUCGAUCUCAAUUGGAAGACAUCUGUCGGUAUUUCGAACUCUAAAUGAGGUGUCAAAUGGUCCUUGAUUCGUUCAUUGACAACAAUGAAGAAGGCUGAUCGUCGAACUCAACCUGGCUCAUUUUUUCCAGGUUCUCUUCCACAUAUCCUCUUCUAACAUUUACAAUGAAUAUUUAACAAGUAGAUCUAAGAGAUCUUCAAGCUCUCUAACCUUGGGUGGUGCUGGCGGUAGAUAAAAGUAUUCUUAGUCUCGGAAAACACCUUCCCUUUUUUUUCGUUUGUUUAGGCAAAGAAUAUAUCUUGGAAACUAAAAUCGCUAUUCGAGUGCAAGUUGACAGAAGGGGAAUACAAAGUUGAUGCUCGACAUUCUGGAACCCUUUCAGAUCUGAACGUCUAACACUAGACCGUAUGGUGGAAAAUAUUUACGAGAUCAAGCAGGUGCAAUGAAUGGUGCAAAAACGUGGCGGGAUUGUUGAGGAUGAUCAUGUUCUUGAGAAGAGAAUCAACAAGACCAUAAGAAAGGGUUGGGGAUAAAAUAUAUUGUCGAUUAAAUAUUUUUGGAGUCUUUAUUCGGAGGAAAGGGUUGGAUCCCAUUCUCUGGUGGAUUGCAUGCCUCUGCACAUUGCAUAGCUUGUUUAUCAAGUGCGUGGAAAGUGGGUAACUGAAUGGUCUUUGCUAGAGAUGCUGUUGAGCAUCCCCAUACUUCUAUUACACGUUGCUGAUCAAUUUUUCAAGAUAGGAUAUCAUGACGUUUUUCCCUACCCGAAAAAGAGGUUAUGUGAUGUAAUUUGAGAAAGGACCAGAGCUGUGUGAGCUUAUUCAAUGUUAGAUGUGCUUUCAGCAAGUUUCUUGCAUGCUAGUUAAUGGAUAAUACUGACGUUCAACAUCAAGUUUAAUUUGCUGCAGAAUCACUUCUUCGUGAGUUUUUUCUGAGGCUGUUACUGCCGACAGCCUCAGAAAGUCUCUUCCUGAAAUUUCAAUCAAUUUGGUCAUAUAUCUUUCAGCAUGGAAAUUAUUAAAUGAGCCGAAAUAUGCAAUGGUUUGAAGUGGGAAAUGCCUUGUUUGCUGUGCGUCGUUUCACACCCUGUAUUAGUGAGCAAACUUGCUAAUGGAUGUAUUGUACAGUUUUUGCUGUGUUUGAGCAUCGAAAAUACUAUUUUAUCAUAAAUCACAUUCAUAUUUGUGAAGGUUAAGCUCAUACAUCUUUGGUUUGACUUCACCUGAGAGCAUUGGUACCUUUAGUUUCCUGCUGGAAGCAUUGUCUGUAAUUGCAUAGUCUGACGUGGCACAAACAUCAGUGGUUGAUUAUGUUAGUAAAAAAAUAUCUCGUAGAUCAUGAUUUACAUCUAACUCUUGCUUAUUCAUUCCCUGCUGACAGGGCUGUGGUUCGUGGAAGAAAUAUUAAGUUAGUUGUGGUGAUUGUGCAAUCAAGUCUCAGAGGUUAAGAUACUCCUUGUUGAAUAACUAUCAUCUUACUAAACUUUUGAAGCAUUUGAAUUUUUUUUUAAUAAGUUAUGCUUCUCAUUUACAUGAUGCAUUUUAACCUAACAAUCUCAUUGCUUAAUGCCAAUAUUUUGACUUGUGGACAGAAAGUGUUAACUUUAUUACUUAUGCAGAUGAGGUCAGUGAUGAUCAUAUGACUGCUUUGAAAAAGCGUGGAGAGAUAGAUUCCAAGUACAUUACCACAUUUUUGCUGAGUGAUACGUUAGAAAAAAGAAAGUCUCUCCAGAGGUCUGUCAGAUAUUUAUUUUAUUUUAAUUCUCCUUUACUCUGAUUUUGGGGGAAGGGGGAUUAUCACAAGUUUAAAAAAUAGCAUUAUUUCAUUUUUUAUAUUUACUGAUGUGUUGUACAUUGAAUUUUCAUAGUCUGACGGUCAUUAAUGCUGGCAGAUUGGCCGCCAUGUUUGCGGAGUUAUCUAACACAUAUUAUAGAGAGGAAGGAAGGAGGAUUAAAACCCGCAUAGAGAAAAAGAGCUGGAAUUGUGCCGAAUUGCAUAUUCGUUACUGCUUUAAGGCAAGGUUCUUUCUUUUGAUUCAGCACUAUCUAUGCUUGGUCAUUAUGAACCAGAACUCAUGGUUGUAACUGUUUGGUAGUUGCAUUUUACAUAUUUUGGCGCUGUAAUGUCUAUCAUUGAAGUGUUAUUAUCUGUCAAUGUUAUGUCCUGCUGAGAUAUUUAUGGCGUCUGAAGGUUGUCCCAUCUUUGUUUAAGGUUUUCAACAUUGUAGCCAUAGGUGCUGAUUUUUUGAAGUAUUGUUUUUUACAUUUUUCCCAUUUCAAUCGAGAUAGCUAUGUUUUUCGGAUUGAUUUCCUAGUUCUAAGGUUAGGAUUUCGAAUUAUAUCGCCAUUUAAACAACCUCAGGAUUUGAAAGACAAAUUUGACUUAUGUUGUCUUUUUAAGUUUACGCAAUAUUGGGCUUUUUGAAACUUCUUGUUUCAGUAUAUGCUUUUAGUAUGUCUCUGAGACAGAAUUUUAUGACGACUGUGUAGUUUUUUAAAAUCUAGAUUGAGAAAGAUAGCAGCUGCUUAAUUUUGGAUCGCCAUUUAGUUUACAGCCUCCCAGGUCUCAUUGAUUGAGUGGGGGUGUGGAUGAAGUGGAAGGGAAGUGUGUCUGUUGGCUUCCAUCAGUUGAGACAGUGAGGGAGAAGAGAGAUUGAGAGAAAAGAAGAGAAGGGGCAUCAGUUAAGGGAGUGGAUUAAUGGAAGAGAGAAGGCAAAACUUGAUUCGUGGAGAGGGAAGAGUGUGAGAGAAAUGAGGGACGGUUGCCUUAGUUGUGGCCUUGGAGUCCUUCCAGAGGGAGAGCAAAAGUGACUAUAGUGGAAAAUGGCUGAACGGUAUUAUUAUCGUCUAUGGGCCUGUCUGUGAAAGGAUAAACAGGGUUUCGAUAUUUCCACUUGAGCAUAGAAAGGAGUCUUGCUGCUGAUGUUUUGGCCUCAUGUCGCAGUUAACUAGAGAGCCUCUCAUGCGAAUUGGAGGAUGCACAUUCGGGAAGAUUAGAGGAAGGAAGGUUGGUAGAGGUAAAGAGAGGAGAGGAAAAAAGGGUAGAACAUAGGCACAUAAGAGUUCAUCAAUGCCAGUAAUCUGUACAUCGUGUCAGGGCAUAGAGACUUUGAAAUCCUCCUGAAAAUGAUCACUGGACUGCUUUAUUGAAUGAAACAUAUUUGUAAGAGAUAUGUCUGUUCUUGACUUUAUAUUCAGAAUCAGAUUGCUGGAAAUGUGAACCUUAAAUUCUCAUUUUAAAAUACAUUCUUUGUUGGAUAUUUUAGUGAUUAGAAUACGUUUGAGCAUUUAGUGCGUCAGUUUUUAACCAAAUAAAUGAUAUCAAGACUGUCAUUUACAAUACACAAGUUCGUAUUGUGUUUACCAACAAUCAUAGAAACUUACAAUUUGAUUAGGCAUGAUGUAUCUCAAUGUAAAUAAAGAACGUAUACAUCGACUCAGUUUGUAAAUCUACUCUGUAAUAAUGUUGUUUUACAUUGAUCACCAUGGAAAUCCAUUACAUAACAACUUAGUAUGUAGAACAAUUUUGUGCCACGUAAGAUGUAAAACACAGUAACUAAUGUAUACAUUAACCAGACCACACAAAAUGGCUUUGGAUGCGUCCAAGAAGUUAUCAGAACUUUGGCAUGUUCUAGGAGCACAUUCUAAAUUGCGCAUUUAUAAAACAAGCAAAAAAUAAAUGUAAGUUAAAUUUAGGCAUAUUAAUUAAUGAAUUGUUUUUCUUUCCUUGGUUGAACUGUCAGGUUGCCGUCUUUGCUGAGUUUCGGAGGGAUUGGGCCGAAGCUUUAAGGUUCUAUAAUGAUGCUUAUGGUGGUCUUCAUGAGGUGAUACGUUCUUUCUAAUUUUUGGCCUUUAGUAUUGUCAAUUAAUUGAUUAAUUUUGUUUUCUUCAUUGGGAAAAACCCAGUUAGAACCUGAGACCUCGGCGUUUCCAAAAAAAUUGGCUACCUUCGGUUUACCCAUUUACUUCUCAUCUUAUGUGACGUAUCACCAAACUGAGUGCAAACAUUGUGGACAAGAAAUUUCGCACCACCAGUUGCUCGUCCACCAUUUAGCAGUCGGUUGAAUUUGAACUUAGCAGGCCCUGGGUUAUAUGCAGCGUCAGAACUUUUGGUUGUCUCAGUGAAGCCUGGAGAGGGAUAGUUUUUGGAUUAACUUGGGUCAAGAUCUUUCUAAUCCUGGCCAUUUAGCUGGUGAAAAAAUGGAAAAGAAAGGAGAGGAAGAAUAAGUGAAAUAUAACUGUUGUUGUUGUUGUUGUGAUAUCUAGCCACUUGACUGAAAAUUACCAGGCUUAUUCUGCAGUCUUAAUGUGCCUUGGAUAUAACUGCCCCCCCUUUGUUCAUUCUUUUAUUCCAUCUACUCAAAUUUCCGGCUCAAGAUAUUGGAGAUGAAACCUGUUACUUUUCUUCUUGGAGAAGAUAACAAUAAAAAUCUUCAGAACUCAAACUAGAGAAUAUAUCAUGGUUUUUACGGACACUACUUGACUGUCAUCUCUUUAGACAAGUUGUUACCUUGGUUCAUCUUCUCGAGCAUGAGAUGUUUUGGUGCUAUGAUGAUUAUAACUUAAGGGCAGCAAGAAAACGUUCACCAAGGAUUAUCUACAUACAUAUCGUUUUAUUUCCUUUAUAACAAUGGACAAAGCGGAGCAUCGUUCAUGUUUUGCUACUAUAACAUCUUUUAGAAGAAAACUAAUAGUGGAUCUUGUUCGUAUGAAUCCUUGAGACUGAUUGUUCAAGUUUUAUGUCUAGAUGUUUGGGGCACCAACAAAAUUGCAACCGAUCCAGAGACUAGUCGAGAUAAAAACCGUUGCUGAGUACCUUCAUUUCAAAGUAUCGACACUAUUACUGCACGGUGGCAAAGUCGACGAAGCAAUCAAAUGGUUCCACAAACACAUUGCGAGCUGCGAACGGCUCGUGGGCCUGCCAGAGGUUGCCUUUCUUCACUGGGAAUGGAUGAGCAGGCAGUUCCUGGUAUUCGCAGAGCUUCUAGAGACGAGCUCUGCAGUUAUUCCCAGCUCUGUUUCCGCAAACUCUGGUGCAUCCGGCGCCACUUUGACCGAGUGGGAUUUCCAACCAGCUUACUAUUAUCAGGUAUCCGUGUUUGACUUACUAAUAAUAGACCAUAGAGAGUGCGCCAUCUGUCCUUUUAUUUUAUCCCUCUCUCUCUCUUCGUCCAUAUUGUUCAACACUGCCCUUGCUUAAAAUUUUAUCAUCAUUAAGAGUUUCUCCCUGCAUAUGACUGAUAGUAGGAAGCCAUCUCCCCUGCCAUUUCUUGAAUUCAGAUGUCAGCCCACUACCUGAGAAAGAAAAAAGACAGCUUGGAGGCAUCUCUAUCAGCUCCGGAAACCUCCGAGUGGAGAAACCCAAGUGAAAGCACCGCCCUGGAAUCCAUCGUGCCCUCCAUAUUUGUGGGCCAAUUCAGCCGGGUACUUGAGGAGGGCGACUUGCUAACAACGCUGCCGUAAGCUCUCGACCAGCAGCUCAUCGCCUGGAUCGUCUCUCCUUCUCUGACUCCCCAUUCACUGUGGCAUCCAUAUCUUUCUGCAGCGUUGCAGAUGCAGAGUACGCCAGCUAUGCCCUAGCCGAAGCAAAGAGGUUCCAGGACUCCUUUGAGAUCAUCGCUCUGUAUAGAAAAGCCUCGGAGUCCUUCACCGCCUCGAAGGCCACCAGGAUGGCUUCCUUUUGCAGCAACAGGAUGGCCAGAGAAUACUACGACACUGGAGAUUUCACAAAUGCAAAGAGGAUUCUAGAUGAUAUCGUGGGUCUCUACAGGAGAGAGAGAUGGGUGGCCCUCCUCUGGGAGGCCCUCGGCUACCUGCGGGAGUGCUCUCGGAAGCUGGGCCUGCUCAAGGAAUUCGCAGAGUACUCUCUGGAGAUGGCCGCCUUGCCGCUGACUGAAGCUCCCAAUGGCGGCGGUCUUUCCCAAAGAGGGGUGAUACAGGAAGAGGUCCUGGGUCCCAUAAAAGGGGAAACUUUCAUGAAGGUUGACCAACCCAUUGACCUGGAGGUCGACGCGGUCAGCCCCCUCAGGACGGUGUUCCUUGCUUCCGUCGCCUUUCACGACCAAUCUGUCAAGCCGGGGGCUCCUGCAACGCUCACAUUGUCUCUUCUCUCUCGGCUGCCGCAACCCGUUGAGAUUGACCAGCUGGAGAUCCAGUUCAAUCAGCCCGCCUGCAACUUCACCUUAAGCAGCAGCACAGUGAAGAACCAGCUCUCUUCCUCAGAGGAACCCCCUCCUCCUUUCCUCCUCACCCCCGGGAAGUGGCUCCGCCUGACCCAUGAAAUCCAAUCGGGUAUCUCCCUCUCUCUCUCUCUCCCGUCUCUCCCUCUCUCAUUCUCUCUCCAGAGUAACAUGAGAAUUGGGUCUGUUCCUGAUUGCUGCAGGCCAAAGUGGGAAGCUCGAGUGCCUAUCGGUGGCGGCGAGGAUAGCUCCAUGGUGCAGGAUACGCUGCCAAGCUGAUAGCCCCGCGUCAAUGGAGGCAUCACCAUCGCCAUCACCCCACUGGAAGAUGCUCGACGAGGUUCAGAACUCCUCCACUGGCGACCCCAUCCUCUCCGCCGCCGGCCAGAAGAUCAUCCAAAUAGAAGAACCCGACCCACAAGUCGACCUCAUCUUGGCCUCUUCGGGGCCUGCGCUGGUCGGAGAGAUCUUCUCCGUCCCAGUUUCAGUGAUCUCCAGAGGCCACUCCGUCUUCUCCGGCGAGCUGAAGAUCAACCUUGUGGAUGCCAAGGGCGGCGGCCUGAUCACUCCCCGGGAGGCGGAGGCCGCCGCCGGCGACGGCCACCAUGUGGAGCUUCUCGCCGUCUCCGGCACCGGCGAGGAGGAGGACGACGACGAUAUCAAGAGGAUCCGCCAUUCCUUCGGGCUGGUUGCUGUUCCGACUCUCGCCGCCGGCGAGUCCUGGUCGGGGAAGCUGGAGAUCAAGUGGCACAGGCCCCGGACGGUGAUGCUCUACGUCUCCCUCGGCUACUCCACCUCCUCCGGCGACGGUGGCGGCUCCGCCGGUCAGAGGGUGAACGUCCACCGGAACCUGCAGAUCGAAGGGAAGACGCCGCUGGUGCUCAACCACCGCUUCAUCUCGCCGUUCCGCUGCGAGCCUCUGCUGGUGUCGAAGCUCAGGCGGCGGCCCGACGGCGGCGGCGGCGGCGGCGGCGACCCGACGACGGUCUCUCUUCCUCAGAGCGAAGCGACGGUACUCAUCGUGAGUGCUCUCAACUGUUGCGACGUGCCCCUGCGGUGUGUUUCUCUCUCCGUGGAGGAUCCAGACGGCGGAGGAGGAGGCGGUGCCGCCGUCCAGGCCGCCGUCCGGCACGGCGCCGCCGCCAUCGCCAGCGAGGUGGUCGCCCCCGGGGAGGAGUUCAAGCAGUUCUUCUCUGUGGUGCCACCGUCCGAGUCCCCUGGGCUCGAGCUGGGCCACGUCUGUCUGAGAUGGACAAGAGACGCCGGCAGCGGCGGGGGAGGAGGAGCGGACUCCGCCGUGGUGGUGAGGCAGAAGCUGCCGGAGGUAAAGGUGGAGAAGCCGCCGCUGGUAGUGAAGCUGGAGUUCCCGCCGUACGCUGUCCUGGGGGAUCCGCUCACCUUCCACGUGAAGGUCCAGAACCAGACCAGCUUCCUCCAGGAGAUCAAGUACUCCCUCGGCGACUCACAGAGCUUCGUCUUCUCCGGGCCCCACCAGGACAAGGCCUCCGUCCUGCCCAGGUCAGAACACGUGGUCAGCCACAAAGUCGUCCCUCUGGGGUCCGGCCCCCAGCGGCUGCCGCAUGUCAACGUCACGGCGGUCAGGUAUUCGGCCAAGGUCAGCGCCUCGGCCGCCGCAUCCACGGUCUUCGUCUUCCCUUCUCCUCCCCAUCUGGACCCAGAAGAAGAGGCGAGCUAG